CGCCGGUGGUUAUGUGUGACCAACCGCAAACGCAAACAUCACAAAAGCCGUAGCGAAUGCCACAAUGUUUUGUGAUAUUUGCGACCAGUAUGCCCCCACGGGGAGCCUCGGCGAGGGGCAGGAAAGAUGGCGGGGUGGGCGACGGUGGGGAAACCAACAAAGGCCGAGGCCACAUACCGAAGUCGAAAAGGCAGCGCAUCGAUGACGAGGGCUCCUCACAAACUGAGGACUUCCUCGCAGACGAAGUGGCUAUGGUGGACGCGCAAGGGACGGCAGGGAUCGUGAGGUUGGGUUUCGGGCGGGAUGGAGUGUCGAGGGAGCAGCUGCAAGCAGCGAGACGCAGCGUUGUUGGCGGUGCUACCGGGACGGUGCCAAGGUCCCCAGACACGGCAGGGGUUGUCGUCACGGCCGCGCGGGUCGCGAGACAAAUUUCGGCGGCGGCAGGCCAAGGGGGAGGGCACACGGCGACCGCGCAAAAGGGCGACGCGACGGCUACCGCCAGUCGGACGGCGGCGGUAGAUCACACAACUAAAGGCAGAGUCGUCGAAGGUGUGGAAAGGGUGCGGGUCGACGACGUUGGCCGUGACGAUGGCCGAAGAGACGGAAAGCGGGAGGGCAAUGACGGCGACGACCGUCCACUUGUGCCGAGGGGGAAGGGAGCGCCGAAGGAGGACGAGCUGCAAGAGAAGGCCAAGUUGUGGGUUGAUUGCGACGCUUUCUGGGGUCAGGGCCCCUGGAAACCUCUGAGGGAGGCGGUAGGCAAAUGCACCGACUACUUCGUCGCCAUCGCCAACGGAGACGCAGGAGCUGAGCCGCCUUCGAUGCUCAUCAUGCCGCCGAACGACGUGCCUCGCUUCAAGAUCGACGACCCGGCGCAGCGUGAACCGGCUCUCCGCAGAGCGCGCAGCGUGGAGAGAGUAGUGCUGCGCACCAUCCAUGGUUGGAUCUUUAAACCGCAGUCGAGGUGGACUGGCUUCUCUCGUGCAGAGUCCUACAUCACGGUUGACUUCGCCACGGACCUCGCGCGAGCAGUUUGGCAGGCCUUGGAAUGGUCGAGAGUGGUAUCCCCUGCACUCGUCUACCACACGGUGGCGAUGAAGAUGGACGUGCCCCUGUGGUUCGCGGGGGUGAAGAUUGAGGACCGCCCGGAAGACGACGACAUGGCGGCCCGGCAGGAGGCGACAGUUCUUUUGCUGGCGGAGUGCUGGACAGAUGCGCUCUGGUGCGGACAGUGGGCGGAUGGCGGGCGCGUAAAACAGGAGAGGUUGUCCAGGCUGGCGGACUGUCUGCGAGCGUUGUUGUGCGCGGUCAUGUGGAUCAUGCGCAUGGGAGGUGACGGCGACCGAUCGCAUUACGAGGCAUGGUCGUACGCGUCCAUGGUCGCGAAACCGGCGAUGAUAGUGGCGGGGUCGUACAUCUUCAACUGGCGCCGACACGUGGUGGACUCCGCCAACCUCGUCCUCGAUCGUCUAGGGAAGGCCCACCUCAGGCUGGGAGAUUACCCGCAAUGCAUUCCGGAGUGGUGUGAUUGCGGGUUGGCGUUCGGGCACAAUGCUGCCCUGAAGAACGAGGCGGAGACCGCAAAACACGGGUGGAUCGGCAGCGGGCCCGCGGCGGAUGACGAUGGAGAUGAUGGCAAGUGACACGUCAUCUCGAGCACAUGGCAGCGGGUUGGUGCGCAUCGUCGGCGCUUCGUCGACGGUGGUGACGAGAGGAGGAAGUGUGCGCCUUCAAGUGGACACGG